AACUUCUGGCAUAUUAAGGAGACCGCUAUCCAAAUCCUCAAGCUGGACGUCACCAGCGAGGAAGACGUGCAGCAGGCGAAGAGGACGGUCCAGGAGAACCUGCCAGAGAAAGGUCUGUGGGCAGUUGUAAACAACGCUGGGAUCACGGACUGGGCCGAGAUCGAGUGGAGCACUUUUGAAGAUUUCCGCAACAUGAUCGACGUCAACCUGUUUGGCAGCAUCCGGACGUCCAUCGCGUUUCUGCCUUUGGUUCGUGCCGCUGAAGGUCGGAUGGUGUAUGUGUCGAGCAUCUUCGCCUUCUUCAACUGCCUGAACAUGGGGGCUUACAGCGUGUCGAAGAGGGGCCUGGAGGCGUUCGCGGACUGCUUGAGAGUGGAAAUGGCCAGUUUUGGUGUGAAGGUCGGCAUCAUCCAGCCGGGCAACUUUGGCCAAGCCACCAACAUCUUGAGGAUGAAGUCGGGCCUGGAUAUCUGGGAGAAACUGGACGAGGAGCGCAAGCAGAUCUUCAACCGCCAUUACCUCGAGCUGGCCAGCGAGUACUUCAUGUUGACGUGCAAGGCGGGGUUCAAGGACACCACGAUGGUGAUCGACGCCAUGCUGCACGCGGUCACGUCCCCUCAGCCCAAAUUCAGAUACCUGCUGGUGUCCGUGCUGGACCGCUUCUUCUUCCGGCUCUUCCCGUUCAUGCCAACUAUCCUCACCGACGCUGUGUUUUCCCUCAGCCACAUGUACGGGAAAAGAAAAGAAUUGCUAUAUGCUAAGUAGGGAGAACACGAGUUGCCUCCACCCGAGGAGGUUAGGUCUCCGGGCGUUUGUUUAUUUCUCGGUUGGUUGUUUGCAGAAAAACUACUCAAACCGAUUUCCAUGAAACUUGGUAUCCGGACAAAGGGGCCGAUUCAGGAGGGUUUUUUUUCUUUUUUUUUUAUCUCAAUGAAAAGUAUCAGGCAUACUUAUGCGCCCUAUAUCUAUGACUGUGUGCAAUUUGGUGUGGCUUGAUUGAAUUGAAGGGGGAAUAGUGUUGGGGUGGGGCAAUUGCAGUUAUCAGUGAUGUAUACUGUCUUUGUUUAAAUGUGUUUCUUAUGAAUCGCUCUUCUGUCUUCCUUAUGAUGUAUUCAUGAAUGAUGUUUUUUUAAUCCAUACACACAC